CGAAGAUGGAUCUGCAGAUCUCAGUUUUUCUUCUGUCUGUGCUUUUCACUGCAGGACAAUCUCUCAGCUGUUAUAAGUGCGUGGAUCCGAUAGUUUCUUGUGCAGAUCCAAAGGUGGAAACAUGUCCAAGUGGAUUCAAGUGCAUGACUGGAACACCAGAGUUGGGAUUUGGUUCCAUGAAGGUGACCACCAAAGUUAAAGGCUGUUUACCUGAAGCUGAGUGUAAACAUGGGACCAUUCAGACAGAAGAUGGGAUUACUGGGACUCUCCAGUGCUGCAACACUGACCUUUGCAAUGCAGCAGAUGGAGUGUAUAAGAGAAGCUUCCUCCUGCUGUGGUCUCUUCUGUUUUUCUACAUCCUGUUCCAGUGAAUCCCGCUGCAGAUUCUACCGUUGCAGCUAAAACUCAAUGUCACACACAUUUCUAUUCAUACUUUACUGAAGAAAAUGCUGUGUUUGUUGUUCUGGUGGUGUUGUUUUUUUAGUAUCAUGAUUUGAGGAACAGAAACUUUGUAUUGUAAUAAACAGUUAUCAAACAAUAUCCUGCCUUAAACAAUGUAAUAGACAAAUAAUUAUAUAAAACAAACACUAUAUAUAAUAAU